AUGGAGUGCAACAAAGACGAGGCAAUCCGGGCCAGACAAAUCGCUGAGAAGAAGAUGGAGAAUCUCGACUUCGAGGGGGCCCGCAAGAUCGCCCUGAAGGCCCAGGCCCUCUACCCAGAGCUCGAGAACAUUUCCCAGCUGCUGGGCAUCUGCAACGUCCACUGCUCGGCUCAGAUGAGGAUUUUAGGAGCUGAGAAGGACUGGUAUGGGAUCCUUCAGGUUGAGAAGCUGGCUGAUGAGCCUACCGUGAGAAAACAGUACCGAAGGCUCGCCCUUAAUCUCCACCCGGACAAAAACCGGUUCCCAGGUGCUGAGGCUGCUUUCAAGUUGAUUGUCGAGGCAAAUGCGGUUUUAUCGGAUCCUGCCAAAAAGUCAGUGUACGACAGCCGGAUUCGAGCUGUCAGCAGACCACCUGGCCCUGUGAACAUUCCACCUCAUCACAUGAACGCGAACAGAACCUAUCAGUUUAACAAGCAAUAUGGGGUCCAUGGUAGUAAUGUACCAACUGGAUUUACUAGCCUGAACCAGCAUCAAGCUGCCCAGCCGAGCCACUCUGUGAGGCUGGAGACGUUCACGACCAUCUGCCCGUUUUGCUGUAUUAAGCACCAGCACCCGAGAACGAUACUGAACACAAUGCUGACCUGUCACAACUGUUUGAAGAAGUUCAUGCCAUAUGAAAAAACUGGUCCGAGCAUACCCACAGGGGUCCCCGUCCAGCCUGUAGCGACCCAGACGGGUGCUAAUUUUGGCCCGGGGAACUCUGUGUCACGUGAGGCAUCUCAGUGGCGUGCCAACAAAAGAGCCGAGAAGCAGCAAGCAGCGCCUGCUUCUGGAGGUGUCCAGGUGGAAAAUGCUGCCAAAGUUCGAGUUGGUGUGAAGGAAAAACAUGUGGAUGGCCGUGAUGUUAGUGGUUCACAUGGGCAGAAGGUGAACGGGUUUGCGGAGAAUAGUGAAAAAGUGAAGGAGAAGAAUAAAAGUAGGAAGAGGGGAAGGAAGCAAAUGAUAUCCUCGAGUGAGAGUUCGGAUACAUCGACUGAUUCUGAUUUGGAAGAUGUUAGUAUGAAGGGCAAUCAUGAUCUGAAUUCUGGUCCUCGUCAUGUCCACCCUGUGCGGAGAUCAUCUCGGGCGAGGCAAAACGUCAACUACACCUACACGGAAGGUGAUGUUGAAGAUGAUGAUGUUUAUCUUAGCCCUCCGAAGAGAUCGAGAGGAAAUAAAGUACCCGAGGAUAUUGUAGAGGAGCAUACAGACUUUGUGAAUCAGAAUGCGACUGUUCACCCUGAAGAUAGCAAACAGGCCAAAGGUUUUGCGGAAAGUGAAGGGAUGGGAAAUGGUACAGGCGUUAUAAUUGAAAGUGAGGAUGCAGAAUUUACCGAUUUCAACAAGCUUCGUGAUGAGAGCCUCUUUGCGGUCAAUCAAAUCUGGGCCUGUUAUGAUUCAGACGACGGCAUGCCAAGGUUUCAUGCCUUGGUCAAGAAGGUAUCUCAUGCUCCAUUUGAAUUGAGCUUCACGUGGCUGGAGCCCGACCCUAUAUACGAUGCUCAUAAGAAGUGGAUAAAGGCAGGUCUACCCGCUGGAUGUGGCACUUUUAAGCUUGGGAAAACUGAAAUCGCGCAUUCAAACGAUAUGUUUUCGCACAAAGUGAUUUGUGAGAAAGGAACGAAGAGAGGUUCUUUUCUCGUGUAUCCUAGGCCAGGGGAGGUCUGGGCUGUUUUUAGGGACUGGGAUUUGAACUGGUGCUCAAGUCCACAAAACCAUACAGUGUAUAAAUAUGAAGUUGUGGAGGUUCUCACAGAUUUUGAUGCUGUUAGUGGUGUAAAGGUAUGUUACUUGGAUAAAGUUGCAGGUUUCCUCAGCGUUUUUAGGAGAAGUAGUCUAGACGAGGCCGACUCUUUUCUGGUUCAACCGAAUCAAUUGUACAAGUUAUCUCACCGUGUUCCGAGCUAUAAAUUGACAGGCUCAGAGAGGGAAAGUGUUCCGGCCGGUUCUUUUGAACUCGAUACUGCUUCCUUACCUCUGGAUCCUGAUGACUUGUUUUACCCUUCAAAAGCAGGGAUGGACGUGGAGAAAACAGGCCAUGGAGCUAAUGUUGAACCGAAGGUCAUUGGCAGCGAGCGCACGGGCGAGGAAAACCUAGGAGCGGCCCGAUUUCGCAGUCAACAGCAAUCUGAGGAGGGUGUUGAUUACCAAUUUCGGGCCAGUCGCGGAACCCUAGGUGGCUAUUUCCAGCUCAAUGCUUCAGGCUUCAACCAUGAAUUUUGCAACCGAGGGCCCGAUCGAGAGGACUCAGCCUUCAGUAGGUUCAGACUGCCGCGCCGCCGCUGGGACGACGGGUACGAGGCCGUCAGCUACGGCGGCUCAUCCCGACGGAGCAUAGAGGCGCUUACUUGCGGCGGGCUGUCUUUUUUCGCUGCCCAUGGGAGAAAAUUCGGGCCUGGUGCAGCGGGCUGGGGUCGCGAUGGACGCCGCGUCGCUGAGGACGCCGGCGACUACCAUGGUCGCGCCGCCUGGUCGGAGGAACAAAUCCGCGGCAAUUUCUGGCAACGUUCUGUCCAUCGAUCUUCUUCGAGGAUAGCUUCUACUAUUGAUUCAUUUCCCGAAAACCUGAAAACUUCGGUUCCUUCUUCAACUCCUAACGCGAAGAAUGAAUUGUUCAACCCUCCUCUCGUACCCGUCAGCAGCGUGCUCAGAGUGCUGCUCUGUCUCAGCCCCCAGCUACUUCUUCGGCAAUCGGAAGGUUUCAAUUAUGCCCGCCUCGACAAUGUUGUGCAAAGCAUCGUCAAUCUUUUGUCUGCUCAAGCCUCUGGUUCUUCACACCCUCCUGCCCCAAUUUGUCAGCCUACUGCAGUCACUACACCCUUAUUCGGCUUUCCUAAAAGGAGAUCUUUGUCGAUGACCGUAGCGCGUAGAAGACAAACUCUGUGGGCAAGGCGGGCAGUGUUCGCCAAUAGGCUGAGGUGUCAGCAUUGGAGCUUGGCCCUGGCUGACCAGCUCAACCUGGGUAGUGUGGAGUUUCAAGCUGUUGUAUGCUCUGCUCCUCCCGAGCUCGCAUCUCCCGUUUGGGCCUUUUUGGCAAUGGGUCAGUUGCGGGGGUGGGUUCCAAACUUUUUGUUAACAAUUGAGGGAGGUUCAAAGAUCUCGACCAAACAAACUAAGCAAAGCGCAGUGAAGUCCCGGUUCAAUGAACUCGACCAACCGGGAGAGGGUAAGAAGCGGCUCGACUUAUCUUACGAGGUACGAAGUGCUCGACUCUAA